AUGGAAGGAUGCAAGAUCCACUCGGACCCGGAGACGUGCUCCGAGUGUCUGAUUACCAUCCACCAACGUUGGUUUUGCAAGAUACCUAUUCAGAUGCUUUAUACUUCGUUUGGAGGCUGUAAUGAGCUAGUGUAG